GAAAGCGUUGAAUUAAAAGGGAACGGAGCGGCGGCGAGAGGCGCGGAUGGAGGACGGCGUUGGUGCUCUCGGCUCCACCCAACACUGGACCGUGGCGUUCCGACGCGCGCACCCGCGACUCCGAUGUCAUACUGGCGGACGCAGACGUCUCUCUCCCUCGGAUCCGAUGCCGCCAUGCCCUAGGGGUUUCCAUCGGUCCACCACCUGCGCAACUUUCAUCUUUCGUCGACUGGGUCACCAUCAGAACCUAAUAUUUCGUCUUUCAUCGAGUGGCACUGGCAUGGAAGACGAAAGAUGGUUGUCGAUGAAAGAUGAGAGAUGGUUUGUGCAAUGGCAUUGUAACUUGUACAUAUGCUACCAUAUUCCUUUAGGCUGAAGGGGAAGAAGAUGCAGAGCGUUGAGGGGGAAGAGAUUGGUGUUCGUGGGCGACUCGCUGAACCGCAUCAUGUGGGAAUCGCUGCUCUGCAUCCUGAGGCACCCUCUGAAGAGGAAGCACCGCGUUUUGGAGGUGUCCGGGAAGGAGGAGUUCAGAACCGACAAUUCGUAAGCUUUUCGAUUCGAAGCAUGCAGUGCUGCACCUCCUUCACGGAUAUCAUCCAUCUUCCCUUCUCUCUUUGUUGGCGGUGAAACACUCUGCCGCCAUUCGCAAGAGGUAACUUCGUCGAUGAACCCCACAUUCAUCAUGAAAUUUCAUAAAGGAAGGAGAAGAGCAUGAAGCUCUGCUGCGACGCUUCCUUGUUUGCUUCCUUAGAAUAAGUAAGUCGGUUCAUCCGGAGGCCACUUGGAUCAGGACUACUUCUUUGGAAGCCUAAGCAAUCUGUUAACACAACCACUUUCUGCUUAAAGCUCCAUAUCUCUGCCUGUUUGAUUAUGUAUGUUUUUUCCUCAGAUUUACAGAGGACGCAAGAAGGAUUUUUGCAUUUAGUGGAUUAUGCAAUCAGUUUCAUUUAUUAUGACCGCAUAGGAGCGAGGUUUAUCUGACUUCCAGUCUCCAUUUACUGGGCAGAGAGCUUUUGCAAGCUCCAAGAGUGGUGUAACUUUGACAUGGCGAUGGAAGAUUCAGUUCGAAAAGUGGUUUGAUCUGUGUGCUAUAGGCGCUAGAGGAGCUGAAGCGCUUGUUUCCUGAAGUUUUCAAUGAUUUGUUUCAGCGGUUGGAAAGAAAGAUGAAUGAGAAACCGAAGCAUGUGAUUCCUCAAAUUUUAAAUCAAACUAACAAUAUCAUGCCUAAGCAAGCGAACGGGGUAAUUGCUCACAAUAGUCAGUUGCCAAGAUCCAUGCCUACCAAAGGCGUCCAGCCAGCAUCAGACUUGCAACUUGCCUUCACAGAGAAACUCUUACUUCCAAGCUUCAGAGAAGAUGUGAUCAAAGAUAAGGAUCAUAAUCAUUUCCAAGUGUCACUAAUGCAAUUCAAACAUGGUCAGAGUUGUGUUUUUUCGCUUCACUCACCUAUCGAAGUAGAAAUAGUGGUCCUCGAUGGAGGUUUCCCCAGAGAAAAUAGUCAGGACUGGAACACUGAUGAGUUCAAUAGCAGCAUAUUAGAAAAACGGGAGAAUAAGAGAUCAUUGCUUCUGGGAGAGAGCAAGGCUCAAUUACGUCAAGGCAUAGCUUCCUUUGGAACACUUAAGGUCACUGAUAACUCGAGUUGGGUAAGGACCGGGAAAUUUAGACUAGGAGUCAGAGUUUCUCCGGGCAGCUAUAAAGGACCAAGGAUUAAAGAAGCGAUAACAGAAAGUUUCCGGGUUUUAGACCAUCGAAGCAAAUCCAAUCAGAAGCCGCAAACCCCAUCUCUUGAUCAUGAAGUAUGGAGGCUACUCAAUAUUGGCAGGAAUGGAGCAAUUCACAGGAGGCUGGAUGAUGCUGGAAUUAAGACCGUGCAUGAUUUCUUGAAGCUCUCGGUUGUUGCUCAGCAAUGCCUCCGAGAUACUAUAAAGAUGUCAGACAACAAGUGGGAAGAAACAAUAGGACAUGCAAGGACCUGCAGACUGGGAGAUGAUUUAUACUUGUAUGAUAAACCUCCUUUCACUGUAAAGUUGAAUCCUAUUUGCGAAGUUGUUGAAGUCAGGAAGAACGGCGUGAGCAUCGCUCUUACACAGCUCACUUCAGAAGAGACAGUCCAGCAUGCUACUGAGGCAUACCAAAAUUGGAACCGGUUGGAGAGAGUUCCGGGGAUGCCUUCUAUGAUUGGAGCACAAAAACAGAGUAAUUCUAUCAAAAAAUGUGGACUAGAAUCCGAUGAACCAAUGUGUAGUAAUCCGCUAGAUGGGUCUCAGAGGGAGCUGUCCGCCGGCAAUGUGACUCCACGACUCGGAGCUUCUGUGUGUGUUCUUGAACAGCUUCCUUCACCGCAGAGAGCCGGUGCAGAAAACCAAAAGCGGAACCCGUCGGACUCCAAUGGAGGAACCAUGGAAGCGCAACAACAAAGUGAUCAUCUUGGCGACCAAGAUGGACCAGCCGCAUUGUGGAAUCUCAGCUUUGAGUGUCCGUGCUGGUUUGGCGGCACCGGAGAAUCCCUAGGCCGGUGCAGAAAACCAAAACCGGAACCCGUCGGACUCCAAUGGAGGAACCAUGGAAGCGCAACAACAAAGUGAUCAUUUUGGCGACCUAGGUAGAUCAGCCGCAUUGUGGAGUCCCAGCUCUCAAUUGGCAUGGAGUCCAAGCAUGUUUUGCGGCACCGGAGAAUCCCCAGGUGAAAUAAAUAUAGGAGAUAAUUGGCAAUAGGAAAAGCU